CCAACAAGGACAUUAUGAAAGGCAGAAAAACCUUAUCUUUUAUCACAAAUUUAAGACCAAUAGGUACAGAGUUAGCUAAGAGACCAAAAAUAAAAGUCUGUACCUUCUAUACAUCCAUGGCGGCCUUGAGCUGCCAAUUUCAAUCCACAUACUUUAUUAAUUAUAAGAAAGUGAUAAAGACAAAGUCAUUCAUCUGUUGCUCAUCAUCUCAAAACAAUCUGAAGGUAAUCAUAAAUGGAGCAGCAAAGGAAAUAGGUAGAGCAGCCGUAAUUGCUGUUACUAAAGCUAGAGGAAUGGAAGUGGCUGGUGCUGUUGAUUCUAAUUUUGUUGGACAAGAUAUUGGGCAGGUUUGUGACAUGGAAGAGCCUCUAGAGAUACCGAUAAUAAACGACCUUACCAUGGUCUUGGGUUCAAUAUCUCAGUCAAAGGCAACUGGGGUAGUCAUUGAUUUCACUGACCCUUCCACAGUUUAUGACAAUGUCAAACAGGCAACAGCAUUUGGGAUGAAUAGUGUAGUUUACGUGCCCAGAAUUAAGCAAGAUACUAUCAUGGCUUUAUCUAUGUUAUGCGAGAAGGCCACCACGGGUUGCUUGGUUGCACCAACUCUUUCAAUAGGAUCUAUACUUCUACAGCAAGCAGCAAUUUCAGCUUCUUUUCACUUCAACAAUGUUGAAAUUGUUGAGUCUAGAGCUAAUCCACUGGAUUUUCCAACCCAGGAUGCAGUACAAAUUGCUAACAACCUUUCCAAUUUGGGUCAGCUGUAUAAUAGAGAUGAUAUUUCUACCGAUAAUCCAGCAAGGGGUCAAGUUCUUGGGGAAGAUGGAGUACGUGUUCACAGCUUGGUUCUACCAGGGCUCCCGUCUAGUACAACAGUUUACUUCUCAAAGCCAGGAGAGGUUUACACACUAAAACAUGACAUCACAGAUGCGCAAUGUCUCAUGCCAGGCUUGAUUCUGGCCAUUAGGAAAGUUGUUCGCCUCAAGAACCUGGUUUAUGGCUUGGAGAAGUUUUUAUAAGAAGCAGACGCUAAGAGGCUAAAGGGACUGUAGGCAACACUGAGAUAUCUUGUAAAGAGUACAAUGAAAGGAGACAUAUGAAUGAUGCAGCCAAGAGAGGAAUUCUCAAAAUGGUGCCGUCAAAAGAAUGUCACAAAAAUGUCGGAUCACAAUAAAGCAACUUAUUAAACAGCUUAUAAAAUCUGCGAAUAUAUUUUUUCCCAUGCCGCCUAAAAGAAAAAAAUUUCAAACUUAACUGAAUAAGUCAAAA